AUUUAACUUUUGGGUAUUGUGGUCUUUUCACAACCCAUCGUACGGAUCCGCGUGUUUUUAAUUUUAGACGGAAAGGCAGCGUCCGACGUGGCACCUCCCUCUUCUUCUUCUUCUUCUUCCUCCUCCUCCAUAGCUGGGAUCUUCGAGUGCCUGUUUCGCGGAUUUCAGAUUCUUCUUCUUCUUCUCCGCCAUUUCUUUCCUCUCUAUCUCUCUCUGUUUACUGUUUUUUGUGUAUGUUUUUUGUCGUGAAGCUUCUCUGUUUCUCUUGCAUUAUCGUUUCUGUGCAUGUUGUUCAUAAUGUUCUUCCAUUUGGUUGAUUUCUCGGCCAUCAUUUUGAUGAUGUUGUGAUGAUCCUUCAAUGGAGGAUGUGGAUUUGUUCCAUUUCAUCUCUUCUUUUUAACUCCCCUUCACCCGGAGUGGUUCUUUCUUGGCGUAUGGUUUAUUUCUCUUCUUUCUUUUCUUGUUCUUAUGGUUUUCUUGUGUCUAGAUUCUUAGUGCAUUUUUACCGAUUUCAACUUAGAAAUUCUUCUAUUCCCUUGUUGUUGGGGUUUUGGAUUCUCCAUUUGCCUGAUUCUUCCGUUUUCUUCCUUAUUUUAACCCCUAAAGUUCCGUUUCCUGUCGAUUUUACUUUGCCAUCAAAAUGUUCAGAAUGUUCUUCAAGCCGAAGUUCUAUACAAAAUGCAAAUCUUGCGUCAAGAUGACGAAGACUCGUCUGGAUACAAUUCGGAAGAAGAAGAAAGUCGUUCUCAAGUUUUUGAAGAACGAUAUUGUCGAACUUCUCAAGAGCCGUCUCGAUUACAAUGCUUACAACAGGGCUGAAGGGUUUCUUGUUGAGCAAAAUGUCUUGAGAUGCUAUGAUCUGAUUGAUGAGUUUUGUGGGACAAUCUUCAAUCACAUUUCUGUCUUGAAUAAGGAGAGCGAAUGCCCCGACGAAUGCAAAGAAGCGGUUGCGUCGUUGAUUUACUCUGCAGCGAGAUUCUCCGACUUGCCUGAAUUGCGAGUGCUCCGAAGUCUCUUCACUGAGAGAUAUGGAACUUCUUUUGGAUCAUUUACUAACAAAGAGCUUGUUGAGAAGUUGAGGGCAGUCGCUCAAACUAAAGAAACAAAGCUUCACCUACUCCAGGAGAUAGCACAGGAAUCCGCCAUUGAUUGGAAUUCCAAAGCUCUGGAACAGCAACUCUAUGUUCCUCCACAAAAUGAACUAGAUCGUGAACGGAGUACAUCCACCAAUCGAUGCAAAAGUAAGAUCGUUUCGGUUCCGGUGUACGGUAGAACGACGAACUCACCAAGAAAAAAGGACAAUAGUGACGACGAUUCCAUCUUCGAUAGUAGAAGUGAAGGCAACACGACCGAAACCUCGAUGGGAGAUAGUAGUACCGAUCAAGAUGUUCAUAAAGGUGUUGUUUCAGAGGAUGAAGUAGAAGAUCAGAAACCCUUCUACCUCAGAUUUAUCACACCUCCCUACCUUAAAACAAAGCCUACCAAAAAGGAAGAAACUGUGGAGGAACCUCAAAACGUUACCGAAGAGAAGCGAAACGAUCCAAAGACAGCUAUAGAAGAGAAGCCGAAACCGAGAUCAGUGAGGCGAAGACAUGCGAAACCACAGCCUGCAAGGAGCAUCAACAUCGACGAUGAUGGUGGUUCGGCAGCCGACGGUGCAGGAAAGAUUAGUUCGGGUCGAAACAAAGGUAAAGAAGCCAUGACAGGAGAAGAAAAAGGUGUGGAGGAUGAUGAGGAAAGGAUGUUAGAUGGGCUUUUGAAGCUAUACAGCAAGAAGAAAACAAGACAGGAAGACAAAGACAAUGCCGAACCUCAAAGGCCCAAAAACACAAGAACUGAGGAAGCUUAUGUCCCAACCAAAUCAUUGUCACUUCCCACACCCCGAACCGAGCCGAUCGAGCCAGUGAAAAAGCACGCUAGAGCGAAUUCCUACGUUCAUCCAAAGCUCCCGGACUACGACCAGCUCGCAGCUCGGAUUGCAGCGCUGAAAGAGAAGUAAACGACGUCGAAAUCGAACAAGACCAAUUGCACACUUGCAAUUACAAUGUGUAGCUGGAAGAAAAUGCAGUAAAAUUGAUGUAAAAAGGGUGUAAUAUGAUGAUGAUGAUCCACGUUGAUUGUGAUAUUUUCAGAGCCAUUUUUUUAGUUAACUUUAAUCUUGGUUACAAGAA